AUGCAAAUCACAACACAAACAAACUAUGAAAACAAGAUUGAAUCAACAAUAAAAUCAAAUAGUGUGAAGCCUAUUGCACCAGCAGUGCCAAAAAAUUUAUUGGUACCCCAGUGUUCCACAGACGAUAAUAAGAAAAUUGAAAUAAGUGCAUCAAAAUCUAUUGAUGUUGUUGAGCGAGAUACACCAGAUUUAACAACUGUGCAAAUAAAACAAAGAACUAGUCUUUCAACACCAAGGAGAACAAAAUCUCAUGUUCGAGUUCUCGAUUUUAAUACACCUCCAAAAAUGAAUUACAGUAGAAAAGCUGCAACAUCUCCUAAAUCUGGAUUUGUACGGAUUAGUCCCAAAACUGUCCAAAAAGCUACAAAAAGUAAUGAUGUCAAAGAGCCAAUAAGAUCUGCUCUAUUUCGAUCUCCAAAAAGCAAAUGCACUUUUAUAUUAGAGGAACCAGAAGAAACUGAACAAGUAAACAUUUCAUUGAAAAGUAAUAAAAUUUCUCGUUCACCAGCAAUUAAGUUAAAUGGUGCUUGGGAUUCAGUGCAAGGAUUAGAUCUAAUUGUUGGUAGAAGUAAACAAACACAAAAAAAUGCAGACCAUUCAUUAGAAACCUCACAAAGUAGUACAUUAAAAUCAGAAUGUGAAUCGAAUGAAUCAGAGCUUGCUAGUAAAUUCAGCAUGAAUAGUGAUUCUACAAUCACAUCUAAAGAUAAAGAUGUAAAAGCUGCACACAAAGAUACUAGAGACAAUGAAAAAUAUCAAUAUAAAUCUACAAUAUUCAAAAAGAAGAAUAUUAAGCCACAAACUACUCAAAAAAAUAAAUGGGACAGUGAUUUAAGAUCAAUGGUUCUGCAAACUCCAGCAACAGUUCGCUGCACAAGGCUAAUGAGAAAUGAAAGCAAUCAUGAAGAAAAACAGGAAAUUAAGCAAAUUGCAGUAGAGGCAAAACAUGAAUCGGAAAAUCUAAUUAAGAAUUCUAGUGGUGAAAACAAUAAGUUUGAAAGUAAUAUAUUAUUUAAAAAUAUAGAAAAGGUGCAAGAAAAUACCACUAUCAAAUCCGUAGAAAAAAAUAACGAUGUUUUUCAAUUGAAUGAUCGUGGAUCUGAUAUAAUCAAGGGACUAGACUUAAAAUCUACAACUAAGAGCAAAGAAGAAAUACCCAAAAACAAUACUGAUUUCAUCAACAUUCAAGAUGAAUCAGCAGUUUUUAUGACCAAUGACAACAUAACAGAAGUAAAGCUGAGUGAUAAAGAUCAACUUACUGGAAAUUCAACAAAUCAAAUUAAUUCAAAAACUGCUACCUCUGGUUUUAUUAAUUAUGAAGAUAUGGAUAACAGUAGGCAAAGAUGUGAAUUAAAACCCAUCAAUUCUGAUCAAAAUUCUAGUGAUGCUAUUCAUUUAUUAGAAACUCCUUUCAAGUUGAUAGAUGGAUUAGUUCCCAAAACACCACGAUUUGUAAAUAUAUCACAAGUAGAAGAUACACCUAUUUCUAAAAUAAAACAUAAUACUGAUAAUAAUUCGUUAGCAAAAUGUGGGAUACCAACACCUAAUUUUCCUCUUACACCAUCUGCAUCAGCAUCUUCAACCCCGGAUGUUAAGAAUUUAGAUCAAGAAAAAGAGGCAAAUGAGAAGAAUGGUUUGAAUUCUUAUUAUAAACCAGAUCAAUCAAAUGAGGUGAAUACCCACAAACAGAAAGUGAAUAAUGAAUCGGCUGUAGUGCCUGAGUCAACAAAAACUGCUGAUGAAAAGAUUCAUGAUACAACGAACAAUGAUAGUGAUGAUAUGGAUAUUUCAACUAAUAGUAGCUCAAGCAGCAGUAGCAGUUCUAGUUCUGAUAGUGACAGCUCUUCAAAUACUUCAAAUAGCUCUGAAGAUUCCAUUUUAAGCAUUGCUAGCGAAGUUCAAUCCAAUCAGAUUGAAGCUCCAGUAAAUAAGAAAGAUAACCAGCUACCACAAAAGGCUUCAGAAAUAAAAUCUUCUCAAGCUCAAAAUGAAAGCUCAAAUAUACAGCAUUUUAUUGAAAAACAAACAUCUCCUCCUCAAAUUACUGCUCCAACAAAUUACAGCAAAGCGAAUGAGAAAUUAUUACAAGAAUUAGAUGAAAAACGAUUAAGAAUUUUGAAUAAAGUAAAAGCUGAUUUAGCUUUGAAAAAUACUAGGCCUAUUAAAAAUAAAACCAAACUUGGUAACAUUAGAAAAGCAAACAAUGCAAUUCCUGCAAAGCCAAAAAUCAAAAUUAAUGUUACACGUGAUAAUGGUGGCAAAUUUUCAAGCAAAACUAAAUUGGAUAAUCCACGUACUUCAAGUAAUAAAAAUCGUAGAAAAUCAGAUUCUCCCAGAAAAAGAUGCUUGCCAGAAAAUAAACCCCCUAAUUUAGAUACUAAUAAUUUGAACAAAAAUGAAAAGCAUUGCAAAUUAGAGGAAAACCUUGAUACUUCUUUCCCAAUCUUACAUAUAAGUGAUGAUGAAUCUGAAUGUGGUAAUCUUGAUUACAUUCAAAAGAAGAAAGAUAUUUAUGAAAAAUCAACUAAGACAUCCAAUGAUUCUGAUAACACUAAGGAAAUUCCGAUUGUAGAAAAUGAUACUCCAAAGCAAGAAACUGUUGAAUCUAUUAAAAUCAAAGAAAACAAUUUAAAGCCUUUGGAUGAGCCUGUAGUGUCUAAACCUGAAGACCAGAAAAAUUCAGAAAAUGUGAGCAUCACAGUUGACUCUUCACCAAUUAUUGAUGGAAAAAUAAUUAAUAAAGAAGUAUCAGAAAAAGAAACUGUAGAAAAUAAAAAUAAAGAUUCAAAUGCAGAUGUGGAAUUAAAAGAGGACGCCUCAUCUAAUAAUAAGGAAGAUAGUUCCGAUGAUGAAUGUUCAUUUGAAUUCAGUGUGCUUGAAAAUACUGUAUAUGAAGAAUGUUUUGAAGAUGAUAAUUUACGGAAAAAUAACCAGAUGGAAAAGAAUGAUGGUUUUGAUAUUAAUAAUUUCAGAGUAAAUGUAGGAGAUGAAGGAGUUUUGACCAUAACCCCUUUAGUCAUGCUUUUGGAUAUUCCACCAGCAACAUCAAAAAAAUUGAUAGAAAAAGUGCAAAAAAGUGCAACAGAGACAAAACAGAAAGAGAUCAAUCAUAAAAAGCGAAAAGAAAAACUCCUUUAAAUAUACUUUUUGAAACAACAGUACCAAAAGAUCAGGGAGAAUCAAAACAUAGUUCCUCACAAGAAAAAAUUGAAAUCAGGACGACACCUUGUGCUAAUUUAUAUGAGGAUAGUCCUAUAAAGGGCAGAUAUGAACAAAAAAAGGAAACAAAAAAAGCAGAGAAGAGCAAUGAGAGUUCAAAAAGAUCCAGAGAUGAUGAUCAUAAAUCAGCUUCCAAGAAAACAAAUCAUAAAGAAAGAAUUAGACAUGAAACCAGCUCUUCAAGAGAUGAAAAGCAUUCUAAAAGAAAACGGACUGAUGAGGCUGACAAAGUUCAUCAUAAAAGGCCAAAACCCUGUAAUCCACAAUUGAUCAAAGAUUUUGAUGUAGAUAAAGUACUUGAUGUUAUU